UAUCAUCAACUGUCCACUCCAAACAUCCUCAAUUUUAACGAAAUUCUCCCGCCGGACGGAGAGACAUACUUGCUCAAAGAAUGGCCAUCACUUCGUCCUUAUUAUGUCCAAUACAACUCUCACAAAACCCGACACUCCUUAACCGCCACCGCUUUAAAACUCCCGGAGUCGUCGCCGCCAUUCCGCCACUCUCUACCGCUACAGACGUCUCCGUGGUGGGAAACCCUUUCGACAGCACCGCUCUAGCCGUCAUCGGUGGUAGUUCAGUUGCAGCACUCGCCACCGUGCUUUCCCUCACCGACCCCGAGAGGCGGCGGCAAAUGCAGGCGGAGGAGGUCGGUGGCGGGGACAAGGAAGUGGUUAAGGAGUACUUUAACAACGAUGGGUUCCAACGGUGGCGCAGGAUAUAUGGAGAGACGGAUAAUGUUAACAAAGUGCAGCUAGACAUAAGAAUUGGGCACUCCAAAACUGUGGAGAAUGUGAUGAAGAUGCUGAGGGAUGAGGGGUCGCUGAAGGGUGUAACUGUAUGCGAUGCAGGGUGUGGGACCGGGAGUUUGUCGAUUCCAUUGGCUAGGGAGGGCGCCCUGGUGUCGGCCAGUGAUAUCUCGGCUGCCAUGGUUGCUGAAGCUGAGAAAAAGGCACGAGAAGAGCUUUUAGAAGGCAAAGAUGAGCUCUCCCAGGGAUUUGUACUUCCGAAAUUUGAAGUGAAUGAUUUAGAGAGCUUGAGUGGAAAGUACGACACGGUUGUCUGUUUAGAUGUUUUAAUACACUAUCCACAAAGUAAGGCAGAUGCAAUGAUUGCCCACCUUGCUUCGUUGGCUGAGAAUCGAUUGAUUUUGAGCUUUGCCCCGAAGACAUUCUACUAUUCCCUGUUGAAGAGAAUUGGAGAGUUGUUCCCGGGACCAUCAAAGGCUACAAGGGCGUAUUUGCAUGCCGAGGCUGAUGUAGAGAGAGCGCUGCAAAAAGUUGGGUGGAGAAUAAGAGAGAGAGGCUUAAUUACAACACAAUUUUACUUUGCCAAUCUUGUUGAGGCUGUUCGUGCUUAACACAGAAAAAGGUCAGAUGUUUUCUUUUCUUUUCUUUUAAGUACAUAUUGACUUGUACCGUGUAUAUUAGUUUGAGAAUUAUGUUACUAAACCUUUAUCUUCGUGGACAAUUUUCAAUUAAUCUCGAUUUUAAGUGUAAAUGGUGUCAAUCUAUAUUGCUGGAGUUCUGCACGGCUGCACCUUUGUAUACUCAUGUACUCAUGUAUUCUUAUUUAGUUUUUAGCGAACGCUUGGUUUUUGCUGAA